AUGAGGGCAAACCUGGCCCGUCAUGGCAGGCGACUACUUGUCUGCCAGGCGAGGACGGCGCCAUCCUGCGCUGUAUAUGCGACUCCAGCUCGUCGACGGUCGAUCGCUCCGAGACCAGUCUCCUAUACCAAUUUCGAGCGCACGUUUCUCAGCGGCCUGUUCCAGAAGCCUCCGCGGGAAGUCAGACAGCCCGAGUACGAGCCGGGAUGGCUGCAAAUCAUGGUCUGGCGGAGCCACAUGCUCGACAACGUCAGGCCGCCGCCACGGAGGGAGUUGUUCGAGCUAUGGAAGAAGCUGAUGCAGUCAAAAUUUGCCACCGGCAUGCCUCUGAACAGCACACAGACGCUGCAAUGUCGCCGGUUGCUAGAGUAUCUAGCGGUUGUGCCAGACAAAAAGCAGGACUGCAAGAUGCUUACUCUUGCUGAUUUAACGAUAGCAAGACAAGUACUCCUUCAAAAUGAGCCAAUCGAACGAACACAACAUCAUCUGGAUUUCGCCAAGGCGUUGUAUACCGUGUGGUUAUCCGGAGACUAUACCAAGACUCCCAAGGCCGCGGAACAACAAUGGAUCCAUCUGGUCAAGGCCAUGUGCUUAUAUGGUGGGUCUCGCGAGGCUCUACAGAUGCUCUACGAGAAAUGGGAGCAGCCAGAGUACGCUGUCUACCUGAACCAAGACGUCCACCUGGUAGAAACAGUUGCUAGAGGUCUUGCAAGAGAGGGAUGCGAAGCCGAGUUAGUAGAGCUGGUCGAAUAUGCGGAAAAUCACAACGUACCAUACGAUUUGAAAAUUCAAGCCGUCAUGGUAGAGUUCUUUGCGGAGCGAGAUCGCGUCACCGAGACCAAACACUGGUUCAGUAAGCCGCUGUCCGGCAGCAUCCCACGAGCGCCGACAUACCGCACUGUGGCAGCUUUUGCCAUGCGCAACAACCUCCAAGAAUGGGCUACUUCAAUAUUCCGUGAACUUGGAGAAUCACAGCCAAGGAAGAUCCACUGGAAUGUAUUACUUGAGGGGAUACUUAUUACGGGAAAGAGCCUUGCUGAAGUGGACAUUGUGAUGUCGCACAUGGUUGACCGUAAAGGGGAAAUUUCACCAGAUACUAGCACCAUCAAUGGUCUGCUCCGAGUUGCCUCUACGCAGCGAAACGAGGUUCUUGGCGAAGACAUUCUUGCGCUCGCCGCAAAGAGGGGAUUGGCUCCAAACGGAGAGACUCAUUUAAUCCUGCUCGGCUUGCGACUUGGAACUAGCAAUUUGGUGGGGGCACGGGAGGCAUACAAUCAAGUCAGGCAUAUGCGGCCUUGGACGAACGAGACAAAGCCGCAUCUCUUUGCUGAAUUCCGCAAGAUGGUCAACGAGUACCUGGUGGCGCUGGCUGCACAGAAACAGCCGGAUUUCAAGUUGAUUUCAUCAAUGCUUGAAGCUGUUGAAGAAGAUCGAAUGAGGCUCGAGCCCUCCACUGUCGCGGCCCUCUGCUUAAGAUUCCUAGAGAAUGACCAGCAUUUCGACGUCAUGGAUAUCCUCUCAAUUUAUUCCUUCUUAUAUAGUGAAUCGGAGCGAGAGGUUAUCCAGACCGCAUUUGUCUCGUUCUGCCUCGAUCCCAGCACGAGCACAAAUCGAGCGUGGGGCGCGUACCAGCUCCUCCAUCAAUACUUCCAGGAUACCAGCUUCGAACGGCGCGUGGAAUUGAUGAAUGCGUUUUUCCAGCGCAAACGUCCCGACAUGGCUUCACACGUCUUUGGGCACAUGCGUGCGCACCGAAAUAAGUCAUUUCAUCCCAAAAUGGAAACCUACAUCACAUGUCUAGAGGGAAUUGCUCGAUAUCCUGACCAGGAUGGGUUGGACAUGGUGCAUAACAUGUUGAAAAUGGAUACCACGCUCCAGCCAUCGACAAAAUUAUACACAGCUCUGAUGCUGGCAUAUGCUAGCUGCGGCCAACCGCUAAUAGCGCUGGACUACUGGCAACAAAUCACUCAAUCGAGGGAAGGGCCGUCAUACGCGACGUUGGAGGCGAUUUUUUGGACACUAGAAAAGAAGACGGGCGGGCACACACAAGCCCGAGAGAUUUGGGAUAGGAUGGAGAGGAUGGAUUUGGAAAUACCGCCCAGCGUCUACAACGCCUACAUUGGCGCAAUAGCUGGCAGUGGGAAUGAAAAGGAGGUUCGAGGAUUGAUAAUGAAGAUGGCAUCUGUCGUGGGGUCAGAGCCAGAUGCUAUGACCCUUGGUAUUGCAUAUAACUCUUUACCCGGACAGCCACUUCAGAAGGGAUUCCAGGAGUGGGCCAAGGGGCGAUACCCCGAUAUUUGGGCAGAACUGAUGAAGGUGGGACGGCGCAUGGACGAGUACUCGCUAUGCCAAUUCAAAAUAGAACGGGUCAUGAAGGCCUAG